GAGUAAAGCUCCAAAAGCUGCAGCUUGCUCAGUGUGCUUUGGAGAUAACUCUGUCCCCUGCAAACCUUCACCAUGGUCGACGCCUUCUGUGCCACCUGGAAGCUGGUCGAAAGCGAGAACUUCGAUGAGUACAUGAAAGCACUUGGUGUGGGCUUUGCCACCAGGCAGGUGGGUAAUGUGACCAAGCCGACCGUCAUCAUCAGCCAGGAGGGAGACAAGGUGGUGAUCCGCACUCAGAGCACCUUCAAAAACACAGAGAUCACCUUCACACUGGGAGAGGAGUUCGACGAAACCACCGCUGACGACAGGAACUGCAAAUCCACAAUGACUCUGGAGGAUGAUCAUGGUAAAGGCACCAGAUGCUGUUUGCUUGUGCAUUUUUAGUCUUUUUUUGACUUUUAUUUAUGCCUCAAUCGAUAAAAUUCAACAAAGAAAAAGUUUUAGGUAGAAAAUUGUACAGUAUGAUCGUUCAAAUGAGGAAGCUCUUUUACAUACAGCAUAUGGCAAAUCUUAGAUAAUGUCUCUGAAAUUGGUGCUAGUAUGUUUGGGUUCUGAGCAUGAAUCAAAAGAGUAAAUAUAGCAAAUGAAUAUGCAAUAAUAUACAACAAAUAACAAUAUUUUCUGGAGCUCUAAAUAUCACCAAGCACUUUAUGCUUAUUUGUUUAACUGAGUUAAAUAUAUUUAAAGCUAAAAGUGUGUUCUGCAUGAAACCUGUGUUUAACUGAGUUAAAUAUAUUUAAAGCUAAAAGUGUGUGAAACCUGAAAACUACUGUUGUCUCUUUUGUGCAGAAUCUGACCUUUGAAGACAUCCACGCGGUGCGCACCUAUGAGAAGGCAUGAGAGCUCAGACCGACAGCCCCACCAACCGGCCAAUCCGUGUUGAUUUUAUAAUUAUUGAGGACCGUUUGCUCUUUGCACUUCGUUCUCCUCCACAUGCAAAAGAUCUGCAAGCUGCACAUGUUUUUUAAGAUGUUUUUUUUAUAUGAAUACAGUUCUGUGACGACAGAUGGAACGACUUUGCAACUCUGUGUGAAACACAAAAUAAAGAAAUCAAAUGUG